AUGGCGGCUACUAGCAGUAAGCCGGUCGGUCUCGCGCGCGCGCCUUUUUCGCAGUUGAGAAACGUGCGAGUGUCAACAAACAACUUUCACUUUCAUAUGAAAACAUCGCAGGUCGAUGAGUAUAGCAACCGACAGCGGCGUAAAGUAUCGAGGUGACACAAUGGAAAAAGAACUGCCAAGACAGUCAGCAAAACGGAUCAAGUUCACGAGGGAAUCGGCUAUCACUGACAUCGCAUCUUCUCUUGAUGACACAGCUAACUCCCUUCAAUCUAUGAGCGAGAGUUUCAGCGACAUUCUAAAAGUGAACACGAGUGUCGUCAGGUAUCUACAGAACGUUGAAAGACGUAAAAAGGCAUUAGAAGUUACAGAGACCGUAAAACAUACAUUCAUCAAGGAGAAACAGUAGUUAGAUUGCGAAAAUGUCUGACGAACGUGCCCAUGCCAUCUCAGUUGUAAACCGUUUUGCCUUGCUAGUCGAAGGAAUGAUUCCCGGUUUUAAGGACCAUCUCGCAGAAGAUGUAGUACUCAAAUGGUUCGGAAAGGUGCAGAUUAGAGGAAGAAAAAACGUAGCUGCCUUUUUGCUGUCCAAUAAAAUGGAGACCUUUCACAUGUUUUCUAAUAUUACGCCAAUUUCCGGUAUCUCUUACGAAAGCAAACGAUCGAAUAGGAAGAUAAAACAGUCCACAGAUCAGAACGCUAACUGCGAAACCUACACGGACAGUUAUUCACACGAAGCACCGGCUUGUUCUUCAUACAAGACUGAAAUGUCAACGACCCAUGAAAAUGUAAAAGAUUGUGAUCAGAAAAGCAAUGGGAACUAUGCGGCUUUCGUAUGUGAAUCAGCUUCUAACGGAUGCGAGUUUCAAAAAAUGUUUGAGGAAACCGAAGAUUUGAGAGUCGAAAAAUGUUUAAGUAAACUGAAAAUAUCGACAAAUUGCGAUCAUAUGAAUAGUAAUAACGAUGUGAAUAAAAAUGAAUUUAGUGCGAAUGCAACCGCCGAGAUGGAUGGCCUAAGUUAUGAUCUUAACGAGAACGAUCUCUAUAAUCUUUUCGAGCCUGAGAUUACGUCUCAGUCUGUCGUCGACAAGAUACAGAACAUUAAUAGGAUAAAAUUGAAAGAGGAAAUGGCACCAACCGUCAGUGCCAUCAACAGAGAGUGCGGUCAAGGAGAUGAACCUGUUACUGCUGAAGCUAACGCGACUAAGUACCUGGAAGCGAGCGGAGAAAUAAAAUUUGUACGAUCAAGUACACAAACAGAUUCUAUGUUGUCGUAUCAUUGGUCAAAACUCGGGCAAAAGAAAGUCUGGAAAAAACGAUGCAACGUGCAGAUGGCGUAUUCACUUUUAAACGAUUUGUCGAAGGCUGCUAAUAAAUGCGACAAUGCGCAGGAAAAUAGUUGUUCCACUUGCAUUUCGAAUCUUUCGGCUAGAGUAGAUCACAGUGCAGGUAAAAUACAAAAAAGUAAAUUGCCAAGUUUAGAAGAGGUAAUCCAAACUAACGAUGCAUUAAUACGGGACGUAAAUUAUUUCGGUGGUUACCUUUAUCCCGUAAACUUCUCGAAGGAUCGCGAAGAAUUGUUAGAAAUGUUCAAGGAAAAGAGUUCCAAUGUGGAUUCUUGCGUACAUUACGUCGACAAUAAAUGGGUCUUCCAUGUUCAAAAUAAAAAACCGUUUAAUGUCACGUAUCAAAUCCACGAGCUCGUUUAUUCGAAAGUCAAGGUAAAAAAAUUCGACACGUGUGGAACAGCACAGGUGAAAAAUAUAACUUUAGCAUAACUUUGCGCGGCCGAAUGACAAUUGCGUGUGUGUUUGGUCUCGGUUAGGUAAUAUCGUCAGAAGUGAAUCAAUUGGCCGGAUACGCGAAUUUUCAUUUGUAACGAAUAGAAGGCUGUUUCCUGUGUUAAUCGAGAAAUCGUUUAACUCUGGCAAGGUUACAAAAAACUUAAGACUUGCAAGAGAGUUUGUACGAAUAUUUUGAAAAAUAGUAUAAUAUGUACUUAUAAUCCACAUCGAAAGUAUCAUAAACAUUUACAUUA